UAACUUUUAUUUCCAAACAAUUCUAAAAUUCUACAAAUUUCCACGAUUAUUCAAAGAAACAACUUUUUGUUUUCAAAAAAAUCAAAUAUCAUCAUGAAAUUCUCUAUCGUAUUACUUGUACUCGCAAUCUUGGCCUUCAGUACAUUCGUUGCUUCUACGCCAGCUAAAGGUGACCCAAGUGAUAGAGUACCAUCAGUCGUCGAUAAUCAGAAAAGAGGAGAUGGUAUAAGUAGAGUACCAUCAGUCGUCGAUAAUCAGAAAAGAGGAGAUGGUAUAAGUAGAGUACCAUCAGUCAGCGACAAUCAGAAAAGAGAUGAAGUACCAACUACUAUUUGGAAAAGAGGCGAUCCAAUCGAUAGAGUACCACAUUCCAGCAGUAAUAAGAAAAGAUCUUUGGUGGAAAGACAGAACAACAAGUGCCUAUACGGAUAUCAUUGGUGUUAUGACAACUACGGUGGAUGUUGCCCAAAUUAUUCCGUUUGCUCAUAUCCUAAUAAAUGCACUUCAAAAUGUUAAACGAUGUGCAGUUACCUCUACUCACAGUCUAUUUUUUUGGAAGACUAAUUUUUGAUUUUGUUAUUGGAUUAUUCUAAUUAUUACUAUUUAGCUUAAGAAUUUUUUUAUUUUUCAUUAAUCAUGUACUUUUUUUUUAUUUCAUUAAAUUAGUUAUAUCAUGUAUUUCUUUUAUUAAAUGUUACUGAUUUUAUUUUGCAAUACGAUAUGUAUUAUUUAAAUAAAUAAAUUUAUUUAUUUUGUUUAU